GCACAAGAAAUUGGUCUAGAAACCCGAAGAAGCGUAAUUCAAAACAAACUUCUACAAUGCCAACAGUUCGACCAAGGACAACUAUCUACUUGUGGGAAUUUCUCUUACAACUACUAGACGGUGAAGAGCAUUGCUCCUCGAUUUCAUGGUUAAACAGAGAACGUGGUGAAUUUGUUCUUAAGGACCAAGGCGAGAUCGCGAAGUUGUGGGGAAUAGUGAAAGGCCGGCCUCGUAUGGACAAAAUAAAAUUGGGACGUGCUAUGCGAUAUUAUUACAAAAAGAAACUCCUGGCAAAGGUACCGAGGCGUAAAGCUGUAUAUCGUUUUGUGAAAUACGAUUGCCUCAAACAAAAACAAUCCGAAGUUGUACGUCAGGAGGAUUUUACAGAAAUUGAUUUCACCGAAAAUCCGCUAAUUGAUAUGAUCGAUAAAGGCAAAAACGGCGAUCUGUUACUUCCGGAAAAAGUAGAUCCCGACAAUGACGACAUGCCUUUGGGGAAAAUGCUUGCAGGAGGCAAAGAGAACACGUUCACAAGAAAGGAAGGGUGUGAUGGAUCGGGUAUGUAGGAAACACGUUUGGAAGCAUGGACAAUAUUUCGGAUGCUUCAUGCAGUUUCUAUGAUCAAAAUCAGAACAAUUUCAACAUGCCUAUCCCGACUUCGGAUCAUUAUGUUCCAUGUUCUGAGCUGCCAUGUAUAUCACAGCAGAACUAUCUUAACUGUUAUAAGAACGAGAUGCCAGGGCCUAUAACAAGCUACAGCAUGGCGCAAACUUACAACCAAACAUUGCAUUCUAAUGGAACGUAUGCGAAUACAACACCAUACAGUGUGGACAACGGUGGACCAUUGGCCUCGCUGUUACUAAACAGUAUUUUGAUGAGCGACCAACAAAUUACCGAGGACCAAACUAGUUAUCAAACGGUACCCUCGGCGUCUUUGUUAACAUCUACGGGAAACACUGCACCUAUUUUAUCCACAGGCUAUUCACAGUUUAAACAAGAACCAUCACUUCAAACUAAUUUUAACCCUUCUGGACAUUUUCUCGACGAAAACGAAGAAACCUUAAAGUCGUUGAGGGAGUUUGAAAGAUUGCUAUCGCUGAAGGGAAGUUUUUAGUUCAAAGAUUAUAUCAUAUAGAUUUUUAUGCCAUAAAAAUGUAAAUAUUUUUAAUAAAGAAAUAAAACUAUGAAACUAUUGAUUCGGUAAA